CGCCGCGCCAAUUGAAGAUCCACUUCCGGCGGGCAGCCGAGACACGAGGUUUGCCCCCGCUGGAAGACCGUUUUGUCAUUGGGGCUGUUUAGUGGACAGCCAUUCUUCAGGCAAGGUCCCAGCCAAAAACAGUCAUACGUGCCGAGGGGGCACAGCUGCUGGUCCUCGAGGUAGAAAGUAUCUACUUGCUCCAUGGCGCUGGCCAAUGGCCAGCAGCACGGAUCUAGCAUCGGUGCAUGCAUCAGCAACAUGGAUGUAGGAGUUGAGUACAUGUGGUUGUUCUAUUACUGGAGAGGACCGGUGCCCACGUCCGCAAACUAAAGCUGUUCCUACGCUAGCCUGAGAGCCACCUUUGGUGGAUAUCAUUAUACGGCUGGCUGCCAUCUCAAGAAGAUGACCGACCGACUGGACCAGGAGUUGUAUCUCUUCAAGCGGGAAAAGAAGAGACAACAAUUCAUGGCCAAGUUUGGAGAGACCGAGGCCGCCAUGCAGCGCGCGCUGGAUAACGUAGCCAACGCAAAAUGUAAUUGGUGGUUGGAACGAUUAAGCGGGAAGUGGCCUACGCGCAUCAACGACGCGCGUGACCACCUUCGCAAUGCGCAGAAACUUCUGGAUAUCGCCAAGUCCGCCGCGCAGGGGAAGGUCGACGAGGCCAAGCGACAGGCGCGCAAAACGGUCGACGCUGCGCAGAAGAUCCAUCGCGACUAUCUAAAGAAGCAGGAGCUGGAGUCGAAACGACUUCGCCUCCAGUUGCAGCAGCUGAAAAAUAGCAGCCUGAGUGCUAGAAUUUCGUUCGCCAAGGGAGUGCUAGAAGCAGCGAAGAACAACAACACGGCCUUCCUCGCGGCGCAGGCUGGCCUUGAUGCUAUUAACGUAGUCAAAGGUGGAAUCUACGACAUGCUGCGCACGAUGAUCGAGGCUGCAGCGACCCUGUGUAGUAUCCGUGUGGUCAAGCUCCGGGGCACAACCACUGCCAGACCGGAGCAGCAGUCCGCCUUCCAGAUCUAUCUGGAGAGAACACUGGUCGGCCAGGAUUCUGAGAUUGACCUCGUAAAUUAUCCAGCAUCUUCCAAAUCGCAGGGAAAGGUGGUGCCAGUCAGACCAUUUCUUGAGUCCAAAUGGAGAGCCUCUAACAACAUCUUAAGACCCACUGGCAACCUACUUAUUGCUCUAUAUGACGACCUAUAA